GUUCAUCCGGCAAUGACGUCACGCUACAGGAAGUACACAGCUCACAAGAGGGGUCUUGUUCAUUGAGUGAUUGAAACAAUUUGGAUGUUACUGUUGUUCUGUUUUAAGUAUACUAAGCAUGCUGUAAGGUCUGAUGCAUGAUUGACAAGCAUUCCUCAGUAUGGCAGAGGUGCUGGGACAGAGGUGUUUAUUGGGCCUUGGCGUACUGUUGGCUUGGCUUGUUCUUUUCCAUCUGCUUGUUAACAUCUGGCUGCUGUGCGUGUUCACCAGCCUGCUUGUGGUACUUGGGGGCUGGCUGGGCUCACAAGCCAUCCUGGAAUCCAACAGCGUGAUUCACUUGGAGAGGUUUUUCACUCUGGAACAGAUUCUUUCCACUGAGGAGGAUGAGCAUCUCUUGGACCAAGAAAUCCACCAUUCAGUGAGGAAGAUUAUCAGGGACUUUGUUUCUUCUUGGUACAAGACUGUUUCCUCUGAGAGUGGCUUUGAAAAGGAGGUUCAAGAGGCUAUGAUUUCUAUGGGCAUGGAGCUGAAGAUCCGUGCAAAGCAAUUAGACAGAAAGAGACUGAGCCAGAGGAUCUUGGGAAUGUUUGGCUGCCAUCUGCAGGAUUACCUUCGAGCCAAGGAGCUAGUUGCCCAGCGGCAGGGGUCUCCAACUACAAAAGUGAAUAGUGAGAGGGAAAAGUUGUGGCAGGCCUAUUCCAGGGUUACCACACCUCAUUGUGUUAUGACCAGCGAGACAGUGGAAGUCAAUUACACAAGAACUCUGGUGGACUUAUUGCUGCAUGUUUUAGUACCCCCGCCUCACUUGGAAACAGGCACAGGACGAUUUGUUGUUGGAGAACUCAUCACCUGCAAUGUCCUGCUCCCUCUUUUUGAUAAAAUGUCUGACCCCGACUGGUUGAAUCUUUUCAUGAUAGACAUAUUUGGCAGUUCUAAUAAAUCAAGGGAGAUGAUUAAAGAAGAGACACAGGAUUUGUCAGUACCGCUUCCCUGUGCCGAAUUAGAGCUCACUUUACCACAAGAGACUACUAACGCCCAGCAAAGUAAUGCUGAUGUCCCUCCUCCAAAAGCUCAAACAGAAAGGGAACAUUCUGUAGACAUGAUCUUGCCUGAACUCUCUAUGCACGAUGGGACGGAUUCAGAGGAGGUCUAUUGUCAACAGAACAAUAUUGAAGAUACAAGUCAGACCUUAAGAAAUUCUUUGAGAGGAAUCAACUCGAAUUCCUUUUAUGAAGAAAAUGAUUCCGACUUGGAAUCUCCAUUAGGCAACUACAAACUGAGUUCCAUCGACUCCUUGGUCAUGACAGAAGAGGAUGCUUUCUGUGACCAAACUAAGGAAUGUGGAAUUGAAAGCAACAAUGGUCAAGACUCGGAGGGUCUUUGUUCCAAUCAAUUAGAUGUUUUCUGCCCAAUAGUCUUGUUGAAUUCAGACACAUCAGAGCACUCAAAUUGCUCAUUGGAAAGAAUGAAAAAUCGCUCAGUCAGCAGCCUUCAGAACUUGGAAAGUGAAGGUAGCUUCUCUUCAGAAAGCCAAGCAAAGGAGCUUCCUCUGGGUGUUGAACCAAUGAGGAACACCAAUGAACCAACUGUCAUAAGCCCAUUACAUGGUUCGUCCCCCUUGCCUUCAUUCAGUUUUGAGCCUCUAAGCAGCCCCGAUGGACCGAUAAUUAUCCAAAACCUUCGUAUUACUGGCACAAUCACAGCUAAGGAACACCGUGGGACUGGCUCACACCCGUACACACUUUACACCAUCAAGUAUGAGACAGCGAUGUGUUGUGAUAACCCAGAGCGUAUCCAGUCAUUCUCAGAGGAUGGAGACACAUUGCACUCAAGUUUUGAAAGUCCAUCUUCCAUUCACCCAGUGGCCUACCAUAUGGUCAACAGACGAUACAGUGAAUUUCUUAACCUACAAGCACGCGUGGAAGAGAGAACAGAACUAAAGAAACUCAUCAAAGGUGUAAAAGGUCCAAAGAAAAUAUUUCCGGACAUGCCCUUUGGAAACAUGGACAGUGACAAAAUAGAGGCCAGAAAAGGAAUGCUGGAAACCUUUCUAAAGCAUCUUUGUACUAUUCCUGAAAUAGCCAACAGUGAACAGAUGCAGGAGUUUCUGGCACUUAAUACCGAUGCCCGGAUUGCCUUCGUCAAGAAACCUUUUAUAGUUUCCCGCAUUGACAAGAUUGUGGUGAAUGCAAUCGUGGACACUCUCAAGACAGCGUUUCCUCGUUCAGAGCCUCAGAGCCCAACUGACGAAAAUGAAGGCGAGCUGGAUGUGGGGAAACUUAAUACUGAUAAAAAGAGCAGGUCACGGCUGAAAUUUUCCAGCAAAAGCAUCCCAUUCAUGAAUGGCUCUGAUAUAAGAGCACCUGUCCUGUUUAGCCUGGAACAAACUCAUACAGUGUUUAAUGGGAUGUCUUUGGAGGACCUGCAAAACUUUAUCUGUAGAGAAGAGAAUCUGUCUGCCACAUCUUUGCCAAAUUGCAGGGACAGUCCAAUUGUCACACAAUACAGACAGAACGACUGUACCAUCAGAAAGCAAAGACAAGGACAUGGUGCAGCUGAGAUGGCAUUGGCUGACGUCACUUUGAACAUCCUGUGUCUGAUCAUGAGAGAGCAGUGGAGUUGGCUGUGCACUGAGAACAUUCAAAGGACCAUCAGGUUGCUGUUUGGGACCCUUAUUAACAGAUGGCUGGAUGUGAGUGUAGCCAAUCUGACAUGUACCAGAUAUUGGGUCCAUUACCUUCAGGUCAUCCAGGAGUCUGUAUGGCCAGGAGGAGUUUUGCCUACCUCACCUCAAAUAGAACGAAGUCAGCAGCAGAAGGACAACACCAAGAAUCAAGCCUUGUAUUGUCUUAUGAAUCUUCUGCCAGACAUAGUCAUAGAUUUGCUCAACUCCACGAAGUACAAACUCAGUUGGGAGUCUGUCUUUGAUUCCUUCCAAAACCCCUACAUUAACAGACAUCUGGUUUACAGCAUCUGUGACCUUUUAGUGGAAUUCCUGGUUCCUGAAUUACCAGAGCAAAGCUUUCAAAGUAGUUUGCUGCAGAGCCUUUCCAAAAACCCGGAAAAACUCGUGGCAUGAGAAGACAACCCAAAUGGGCUGUUACACAUCUUGCCCCCACUCAUGGUUCCCCAAACCUUUCCAGUUCAAGAUGCACACUAGAAAUUCAAUUCCUGCUCAGAACCCGAACCCACUCAAAUAUAACCAUGUGCUGCCGUAACGUCAACAUAUUGUUCUUAAACCGAUAAUAAAUGAUUCAGCGAGCUUGAGCUAUAUUAUAAGCAUUUUGCCAAAUCUGUGUGUGUUUACUUGACAAUCAACGAUGUAGUUUACACUAUUUCACACUGACAGUUGCUCAGUAAUAAUAAUAAUAAAUAACAUCAUAACCGAAUCCAGUUUGUUGGGUUCCUGCUCCAUAGGUUUGGUAAAUCAUACCCUCAUACAAAGUCAGUGUUACACAAAAAUAGCAACAAUGUUCUUCCUAGAGAACAAUAAAAAAUUCUUUCUUUUCUUUUCCUUUUUUUGCCUUAUAACUGCUGCGCAGAAUCCUGAUUUAAGUGAAUCAAAGUGCCCAUACCCAGCUAGUGACUACUGAUCCCGUGUUUGAUUAUAAUAAUGUUAUAUGGUGUCACUUUACAUAUUAUUAUUACUACAUUAUUUACAUAUUAACAUAAAGAAAAACUGCAAUUUAUGACCAAUGUUUCUAAUUUCAUCUAAUCUCGCAGGAAGUAAGAACAUGGAAUACCCUGAUUAUAAUAGCACUGCGAGUGAUCAUGUCGUUAAAGAAUCAACUGAAGAGUUGAAUGUUUAUGUACAUGUGCAGGUGUGCACAACACUUUUGUCAUAGCUUUGCUGCAGGUGAUGCGAUGUUUUGAAUGCCGAAAUGCACGCUUUUGUGUGCCAUAGUAUAUCCACUUUAAUGUAUUCAUUCCACUUUGUCAUGAUCAUAGUGCAACAUUAAAUGGAAUGUCACA